AUGGCACAUCACCUAAUUCACCUGCGUAAGUACCUAGACCGCUGCUCAUCGUAUUACCUCUGCUCGCCGCCUGGAACCAGUCCGAAUGGUGGCCCGCCUGUUGCAGAGGCUGGCAACGGUCUCAAGUUCUUAGCCUUGCCCAGACAGGUUCCAAGGUCCAGUCCCAGCGCUCUUGCCUACGUGAACGAACUUGCCCAGUACCAUGUCGUUGCCGCGAAGACCGUGAUGAGAAAGGACCUUGGAAAUGUGAGCCACUGUACUAUCAGCGACCACGGCAGGGAAGACUACGUGGAGGCCAUAACGCGAGCACGGGAAUCGUUGAACAACGCAAUCGAAACAGAUCCCGAAAACGUGGAGGCCUGGGCAACUCUAGGAGAAUUGUAUUCAGUGGCAGGUGAUCGUGUCUCGGCUAUCAGACACUUUGAGCGCGCAAUGAACCUCAGAAAUUGGCCUUGCAGAAAGUCCAGGCUAUUUCAACUUUGUUUCGCCGAACUGUGUUUGAAGGAAGGAAAAUUUGAAAAAAGCAAACAACUAUUCCUCCAAUGUUGUCAAGAUGCACCGUCAUGCUUGUCCUGGUUAGGUGUCGGGAUUUCAUGUUAUCGGCUAAAUCAACUUGAAGAGGCAGAGGAAGCCCUUGAAGAAGCCAACGCGCUGAAUAACAAAAACGCUACUGUUUGGGCCUAUCUCUCAAUGAUAUCAAUUGAAAAACGUCACGUGGUCGAGGCAGAGCAAAGCUACAAAUAUGCAAUAAAGAUGGGUCUGAACGACAAGGAGCUUCUUGAGGAGUUACACGGGCUGCAAAAUAAGGCUGGAUUAGGCAAUCCCCUGCACAAUUGA